CUCUCUCUCUCUCUCUCUCUCUCUCUCUCUCUCUCUCUUUCUCUCUCCAUACGCUUGUUUACAACGGGGGCUCUCUUCGCUGGUAAUUACCCACCAUUCGAAUCCGCUUCGCGUUUUAACGACAAAGUACUUCAUAUCUGAUCUGAAAUUGACUCGAUAUUAUCUGUAUGUGUGUGUAUAUUCCCGCGUGACGAUGCCGGAUUUAGUCGCGAUCACUCGACCGCAAUGAUAGAUCAAUCAGCUGUUCCAUUCCGCAGCGCUUGUGAGUUUGAUUAAUUAGGUAUAAUGGAGGGGCUAUGUGUCUUGUGAUAUCGAUCGAUCCAACAUCCUUCCGCGAUACACAAUUAUUUGAGAACGAUGUUGAGCACGAGUUAGCGUGAAAGUGACAUUCUCGAAGAGAGAAACGAAGUUUAUUUUAGGAAUCUACGAAAAUACGCACACGCCUCUAUACGUGUCUCGAGGAAGAAGAAGAAGAAGAAGAAGAAGAAGAAGAAGAAGAAGAAGAAGAGGAGGAGGAGGAGGAGGAGGAGGAGGAGAAGAAGCUCGCAGUCGCGAGUCGUUGCUCGAUUAGAAUCAUGGCCUCUCAAAGAUAUAUGCCAUUGGCAGCGAUUCUGACGACUAUAUGUUUAGAUAUAUCAUCUGUCGCCGUCAACGUUGUCGCCGCUACGGUCGUGUGGGAUCCGAAAACGUCUAGAUACGACGGCAGUUACAACUUGGACAAAGGACCAGUAUUUUACGAGGCGUAUUAUCCGGACGUUCGAGACGCUUAUCAAGAAAAACGCUACUUCGACCGGAAUACAGUAUUGGAGACGAGCUUCCAAGUACCCUCAGAUCGUUUCGCAUAUUCGGCUGAAAGUUUGAAUCGUCCUGCCUCGAAUGACGAGUCGUCGUUCAUCGUGGUGGACGACAACGCGGAGAGUCUGCAACCGGAGGACAAACAACGAGGUACUAUAGGACGUGGACGCAAUGUUGUGCAAAAUUUCCACGAUCGACCCGCAAUGUUUCCCAAAGAUGACGACGAGAGCUCUCUGAAGACGAACAUCGGGGAAAUCUCCAAGCUCGUUAGAAGAGCAAUUUCCCGAGAUCUGGAGAACUGGAAUGCACUCGAGAAAUAUCUCGACCGUGCCAGCAAUCAGGGACAGCAGACACCUAUUACUCAAUCGGAGAUGCGUUCUAAGGAGAGCCGCGAAAAUAACGAGUUCGAUUCGUCGCAGAAGCCGAGUCUCGGGCUAUUACGACAAUUGGAGGCGCGUAACGUGAAACUACAGCCUACUUACUUCGAGGAAGUUCGGAAUGACGCGAGCGGAAGCGCGUUGAACGUCGGUGACGCGCGAGCCGCUGACGCUCCAAUUGCCAUUACCUCCAACUCCGACUUACCUCUGGAGAACAUCUUCCAACCGCGGCCGCAAAUCAUCAAAUAUACAUUCCUCAAGAAAACCAAAACGCGACACGACGGACCGAGCAAAGAUACAAUCGACAACACCACACCACGGAAUUACGGCGACAAUAUCAUACGCGAAGAGAUCGCUAACGACAGCCAUGACGGCAGGCUGGCCAAGGGAAACGUCAAAGUGACGUCUAUUCAAGUGAGCGAGCUGCCACGACACAAGACCCGUCAUCAUCACGGUGAACUGCCCAAAAGAGAUUACACCGCUCGCCACCAUCGUACGGCCUCCGUCGCCUCUCCGAUUGUCCGAUAAAAGAAAGACAAGAUAAAACGAGCCGCAGAGAGAGAGAGAGAGAGAGAGAGAGAGAGAGAGAGAGAGAGAGAGAGAGAGAGAGAGAGAUUGGCGGGGGAUUAUAUAGUUGCGUGUUAAUUCACUACGACUAACUUUGUGUCGUUUUUUCACCAUCUAAUUCAUAACAGUCAUAUAUAGAAAUCGUGUUAUCUCUUUAAACUAUUUAUUAAAUAUACUAUUUAAUAUACAUGCAACAGUCAUAUAUUCUCCAUAAUGCAUGUGUAGCUACAAUAAAAUGGCUUCCCGCGA